AUGUCUAGAAAGCUUGCAGAUGCAACAGAUGGAGCCGCCAAGAUGACUGAUGAGCGCCUUAUCAACGACUUUGGUGCUAAGCCACUUGAUGAUGCCAUUCUUGCCAGAUGGGAGAAAGUUACAGGAAAGAAGCCACAUCCAUUCAUGAAGAGAGGUCUCUAUUUCUGCCACCGUGAACUUGAACAGAUUUUAGAUGCUAAGGAGAAAGGAAAGCAGGUUUACAUCUACACAGGAAGAGGACCAUCAUCAGAUGCUCUCCAUCUUGGCCAUAUUACAUCAUUUAUCAUCAACAAAUACAUCCAGGAUGCUUUAGACUGCUGGUUUAUCAUUCAGAUCACAGAUGAUGAAAAAUUCAUGCGUGAUAACGACCUUUCCUGGGAAACAAUCCACAAAUAUACAGAAGCCAACAUUCGUGAUAUCAUUGCUCAAGGUUAUGACCCAGAACGUACAUUCAUUAUGCGUGAAUCCAAAUGGUUCAACAUUUGCCAGCCAUUCCUUGGUGAAUUAUCACGCUACAUGUCUCUCCAUACAAUCCAGUCAAUUUUCGGCUUCACAGAAGAGCACAGCGCCGGAUAUGUUUUAUUCCCAGUUCGCCAGAUCGCUCCAGCCUUCCCGCAGUACUUCCCAGGUGUCUUCAAAGACCCGAAGAAGACAUACUGCCUCAUCCCAUGCGGUCGCGAGCAAGAUCCAUACUUCAGAUUUGCUCGUGAAGUUGCUGGCAAGAUGAAGGUCAACCGUGUUUCAACAAUCUACGGCAGAUUCAUUCCAGCUCUCCAGGGCGACCAGAAGAUGACUGCUUCCAAGAACUCAACAGCUAUUUAUCUUACUGAUACACCAGAAAUGAUCCGCGAAAAGAUUUUCAACUACGCUUAUACAUCUUACAACGAAGAUGAACAGGGUGCCGACCUUACAACAGAUGUUUGCUUCAAAUAUCUUGAAGCUUUCCUCGAUGAUGACGAUAAACUCGAGGAAGCUCGCCGCCGCUACGGAAAGGGUGGCCAACUUAAGGAAGGAGAGACAAGAAUGACCGUAAACGAUGUAAAGGAACUCCUUACAAAAGUUUUAACAGAUCUCGUUGUUACUCACCAACAGCGCAAGGCAGCUAUCACACCAGAACUUGUCGCUAAGUACGAAGAAAUCAAGAAGGCCCCUAUCCCAACACCACCGGCUAAUGCUCAAUAA